CGUGUGCUAAAAAAGGAACGACACCGAACUAUCGGUGUGGGCCGUUUUAAAAUCGGAGAGAGCGCCGUCGCCUCGUGCUGUUGACUGGUGGAGCCGCGCGGAUCGCAUGUGCCGUGCUUUCGAUACCCGCUGGCCGUUUUUCGCGAGUAUUUUGUCGAAUAAUUAACGACGGGGAAAAAUGUUUGAUAAAGUGGCGGCCGUUUGGUUUUUGGCGUGUUUUGCCGCCGCCAGCGAAGAGUACAGCGACUGGGAGUUGGCCGUGGUGGUGAACGACCGGAUCGAACUGCUCCAGGCCAACGGAACCGUGGUUGGUGCCACUACAGAGCAGUUCACCAAACUCAAGGCGCUGACGUUCGACGCCGUGCGUCACCAGUUCGUCGUGAGCGACAUGGACCAAGAGAACGACACCAUCUUCGCCGUGCAACUGACCAAGGAGACUGAAAUCACGCCCAUAAUACCGGAUCUUCCAGAUGACGUUCAGGGCCUGGCCGUCGACCCCAUCGAGGACGUCCUCUACUGGACGGACUCGGUAAACCGCACCAUCAGUUCCGUCAAACUUAACCUCACUUCGUUCGAGCCGCGUUUGUUGUUCGCUUUCGGCGACCAGUCGCCGCAGGACAUCGCGGUCGACGUGUGCCGCCGUUACGUCUACUGGACCAACUCGGACCUGGACCGGCCGACCAUAGAGCGCGCGAAACUCGACGGCACCGCUCGCCAGGUGCUGGUCGACUCGGACCUGCGGAUGCCCGCCGGUAUCGCCAUCGACUACACACAGCGCAGGAUUUAUUGGGCGGACAUGCGGGAAGGCAUCUACUAUCGCAUAGACAGCGCUAACUUGGACGGCACCGACCGCGAAAUCGUCUACGAGGGGACCCACACGAAACCGUUCGGCGUCGCCGUCGACGAGGUCGCCGUCUACUGGACCGACGUCAACGACAACGCGCUGUGGCGGUUCGCGAAGAGGCGGCGCGGCGCCGCCCCCGAGAAGAUCCGAGAGUACCUCGAGAAACCGAUGGGGCUCGUCGCCAAGAACCUGCAGGUCAGGAACUACCCCGACUGUAAGGAGCUGGAGCUCGCGAUAGAACGCCAAGGCGGCGAAGCGGAGGCGGAGGUGUUCGAGGUGGAGACCGGCACGGAGGAGGCGCCGCGUUGCCUCAACGGCGGCGACUUGGUAGACGGCAAGACGUGCCAGUGUCGCAGGGGGUACACGGGGAGAUACUGCGAGACCGAGAACUGCCACAAUUUCUGCAUCCGAGGCACCUGCAGGUUGUCCCCGACGGGCUACCCCCAGUGCCGGUGCCCGAGCGGUUACGGAGGCGCCAGGUGCCAAGCGGACGCUUGCUCCGCCUACUGUCUCAACGACGGCGCGUGCGUCCACACCCGGGGCGGCCCCGAGUGCCGGUGUCGAAGCGGCUUCGCAGGCACCAGGUGCGAGAUCUCCGCCGAGCUGUCAGAACUGUGUCGUGCCUAUUGCGACGACGUUUCGACCUCGGACGACUUCGGGUCGGUCUGCGGAUGCAACGCGACUUCGGCACGGAUCGUAGCCCCGCCGCCCGAGCGCACCUUUUGGACGAAAGUCGUCGAGGACCCCGCCUACUCGACGCUGCUGAUGCUCGUCGCGUUCUGCGUGGUGAUUAUCGGCGCGAUGGCCGCCUACAUCGCGGUGAACAGGCGUCGCCGGCCCACCAUCAAGAAGAGGAUCAUCGUCAACAAGAACGUGACGCCGUUGACGUACAGGCCGCGGCCCGCCGCUACCGAACACUGCGAGAUCACCAUCGAGAACUGUUGCAACAUGAACGUCUGCGAAACGCCCUGCUUCGAGCCAAGACGGGGGCGGGACGACAAGAAGCAGCUCCUCGCUCACAUGGAGGGCGGCGAGGAGGCCUACUAGGAUCCCGGGGUUCCCCAUCCGAGAGACAGGCUGUGACGUGAAUAGUAUUAAAAAACGUUGUUAAGUUUGUUAGUGUUUAAACGCCGCGGGAUUUCGGGCGACUAUCCGGUCCUUCGAGGCGGAUCCGAGGUCGGCGCCGCGCCCGCAUCUUUCUCGAUUUUUUCGUGCCAAAGUUUUUUUUCGAAAACGGAAAAAGUAAGACGAUCCCAAGCCAGUUUUAUGGUCGCGCAGCUAUACUUAAUUUUUAGGGAUAUUUAUUCGGUUUUUCCCCCUCCCCUCGUUUCUUAGGGUAUUUUUAUUUGAGUUUCGAGUAGUACUUAUACGGUUCGCUUAGCUGAGUUACUUACCGUUUUAUUUUUUUUUUGCAUCGAGCAAAAUAUGUGGCUUACCAAUAUCUACGUCGAAAAUGUGAUAAUACUAGCCGAUUUGAUACACUCUGUAUAUAGUUUUAUAUUGGUAUUAUAAAACGUAUUUGCAAAAUAGGUGGUUUUAGUAAACCCUUCCUCACUCCUGUCUCCUCAAAACUGGCCAAUCCAAAGCGAUUACAGUCAGUCAAUUACACUUGUUUUGUGUCUGCGGAAAUUGAGGAGAAAAUGACUGUGAACAAUGUACUAAAAGAGAUUAACUUUAAUAUACUUAGUGCUGGGCUACAAAAAAUUGCGUACUCUACUCAAAAUCCUUUUGAAGAUGGGAACACUUCCGGUAAUGUGCGCAGUUGACGUCAACUUGCUUAUUUUAAAUAGAGC